UCCUUCUAUCUCCGUACCUGGAGACUCGGUACCAUCGCCGUCUCUUUAGAACUAAAAUUUACCCAAUUAAAUUGAUUAAAAAAAAACCUAAUUUCUCAAUUGUCAGCUCCUUGGAUUUUGUUGCGAAAGAUCCCACAUUUCCCAGUCUCGAAGAGAUGAACUGAUAACAGAUAAUAAUCAUUAGAAAAGGAAGUGAAGUGGCGCAGAGGAAGUGAUUCUUCGACGGAUUAAUGGCGUGCAUGAAGCUGGGCUCGAAAUCCGAAGUGUUUCAUCUCGACGGCCGAACCUGGUUGUGUUCAACAGGGCUUCAAACGGAUGUCGUGAUCCAAGUGGAGGAGACGACAUUCCAUCUGCAUAAGUUUCCGCUGCUAUCGAGAAGCGGGUUUCUGGAAAAUCUUCUCGCCGAAUACGAUAACGAUCGUGUUCUUCAGCUUGAUGACAUUCCCGGUGGAGCCAGAGCCUUCCUGCUUGUGGCUAAGUUCUGCUAUGGUGUAAGGAUUGAGGUCACAGCUUCGAAUGUUGUCAGUCUCAGAUGUGCGGCAGAGUACCUUCGAAUGAGUGAGGACUAUGGAGAAGGCAACCUCGUGUCUCAAACCGAGAAUUUCCUCGACGAGAUCUUUGCAAGCUGGAACGGUUCGAUCAAAGCCCUCGAAUCUUGCGAAGAAGUGUUAUCUGCUGCCGAAGAAUGUAGUAUCGUCUCGAGAUGCAUCGCUUCUUUGGCCAUGAAGGCUUGUGCUGACCCGGUUCUGUUCGGCUGGCCGAUGUCAGGAGGAUCAGAAGGAACUGUCUUUUGGAACGGAAUACGGACAACGGCCAAGCCGCCUUCCGUGAACGAAGACUGGUGGUUCGACGAUGUGUCAUUCCUUAAGUUCCGGUUUUACAAGAGGUUCAUCGAGGAGGUUGAAUCCAGAGGCAUGAAACCGGAGAAAGUAACAGGGUCGAUAAUGCACUACACGAAACGAAAUCUGCCGCUGCUCGGUAGUAACCGGCAAUCUUGCUCUGAGAAUGGAACCUUUACGGAUACUUACUCGACACUUGCCUCGUCUCCGGUACACGAGGAUCAGAGAACUCUCCUCGAGGAAAUCGUGGAGAUUCUCCCGAGCGAGAAGAGUGUCACACCAACCAAGUUCCUUCUCAGGCUUCUCCGAACAUCCAUGGUUCUACACACAAACCCGGCCUGUCAAGAAAAUCUAGAGAGAAAAAUCGGCGCCCAGUUAGACCAAGCUGCUCUCGAAGAUCUUCUGUUACCGAAUAUGGGGUACUCGGCCGAAACCCUCUACGAUGUAGACCGUGUCCAGCGGAUUCUUGACCAUUUCAUGUUGGCCGACCAUGAUACAUCCGAUCUGUCGAAUUACAUAGUCGAAGAGAGCCAAUUGCUCGGUGGUUCUCAUCCUCUUACGCCGGUGACGAUGGUUGCCAAUCUUAUAGAUUGCUACUUAGCAGAGGUGGCCUCUGAUGUUAACCUGAAGGUCUCCAAAUUUCAAGAACUCGGUGCUAUAAUCCCGGAAUAUGCCAGGCCGCUGGACGAUGGAAUAUACCGUGCCAUCGAUAUAUAUCUCAAGGCGCAUCCAUGGAUGACGGAUUCCGAGAGGGAGCAGCUGUGUCGGCUCAUGAACUGCCAGAAACUGUCGCUGGAAGCGUGCACGCACGCCGCUCAGAACGAGCGUUUACCGCUGAGAGUCAUCGUGCAGGUCCUCUUCUUUGAACAGCUUCGGCUCAGGACAUCGGUAGCAGGAUGGAUCUUUGUCUCGGACAACAUCAACGACGUCAACCCGAGCGGGAAUCUCGGGCUAGCGAGAGCUAACGUCGUAGGGGUAAACGAGAUGAGAGAGCGCGUGUAUGAGUUGGAGAAGGAGUGCUUGAACAUGAAGCAAGAUCUUGAGAAGAUUGUGAAGACGAAGGGAGGAUGGAACAUCUUCUGCAAGAGAUUUGGGUUCAGGUCCAAGACAAGGACUUCACCCUGUGACAAAGGAGGAGCUGCUCUAAUCCAUGGUGAAACCAGAGGUUAAUCGUUGUUAAAAGACAUGCGAGCCAUUAGGUUGUGAAAUCUGUCCUAAGUUCUUUCUUCCCCCUUUUAUUUUAUUUUAAAAAAAAUGUUUUUUUUUCCGGUGUUGUCGGAAACAAGAUGCGAUCUUUGUCGAUUUUCUGUUGGGACAAUUGCUAUGACUAAUUUGUUAAUUUUGGCUAGA